UCAAAAUUUUAGACACAAAAAUUGACCAAGCUUCACAACGAAUGCCUUUAAAUGGGACAUUCAUUAUGGGUCAAGAACAAGAUCUCCUGGGUGGAGGUUUUAAUGCUCAAGAAAGCUUCCGAGGGAAAAUCGCUCUCCUUAACAUCUGGAAUUACACCAUUGACCAACAGAAGAUCAUGGAAAUGAGCGAAUGUCGUUCGAUUGGGAACGGGAAUAUGUUUUCUCUUCAGAAGAACGCCGUAAAAAAGUUUAAUGUCUCAGAAAACCACGUCUCGAUGACGGAGUUCUGCGCCGACGAAGACGACUACUGGUUGCUAGACGGUCCGAACACCUUUCAGGAGUCGGUACGUUUGUGCCGCGCUUUUGGGGGUUCCUUGCACGCACCAAAUACCAAAGAAGCUGUGACCAAACUCUACGAUUACAUAACCGAUCCAAAUUGCGUCUGCAAAUUCAUCACUAAUGUUAUUGUCGGCAUUACUGAUGAGAAAGAAGAAGGAAAUUGGAGCACGAUUGCAAGUGGAGAGACCAUGAAAGAAAACUUUUUUCUGGUUGGUGAACCGAAUGGCGGUCGAGGUGAAAACUGCGCCGUCAUGUCCAGGAAAGUGCCUGCUUUUAUAGAUUACAAUUGCGAAGAAAUUUGGCCGUAUUGCGCUCCAUGUGUGACGUAUCGACCUCUAAGAAUUCGUGGCUUGUGCUUCAACUCUGAAGCGGAGACUUUCAUGGAUCUGAAAGGAUAUGUUAAUGAAUCCAUUUUUAUCCGUGGAUACUAUGGAAUCAACAUCCACAACAUGCUAGGUACGAGCGAAUGGCACAUUUUCGAUUCCAAUUUGCAGAAAGUUAUUGCAGAAAUACAUCUUUCAUCCGACGAAAAUUAUCCCAUCGGUAGGAAGAUGUGGACGUUAAAAUCAAAAACUUGUAACCACCGCGAGGGUUCACUUGUUCCGUUAGUUAUCAGUCCAUGCAACCGAGAAGAAUACGCGUGCAAGAAUGCAGACUGUAUCCCUCGUAGCCAGCUGUGUGACGGUGUUUCCGACUGUGUAGACUUAUCCGACGAAAACAGUUGCAACAUUCUUGGAGUACCUGAAGGCUACAAAAUUAUUCGCCCGCCCGAAAAAGAAUUCGGUAAUACUGGUCCAAUUUCCAUGUCUGUUCAUGUCGAUGUGUUGCGGUUCCUGGAAGUGGACGACAUCCGGAACUUGAUAAACUUGGAGGCCAAAAUUGAAAUGAAAUGGCGGGACCGACGUCUCACGUAUUACAAUUUAGGCGACAAGAUUGAAGACAACGAGUUGCCGAUAAGUGACUUGGAUCGGAUUUGGACGCCAACGCUCGUUUUUCCUUCAGUCUAU